CCUAAACUUCUUAACAAUAAUGGGCCAAACAAGUUGAUGAACAGACAGAGAUCCUACUGAGCACAGUACUUCUAUUCUAACUUAGUAGUAGUUGGUCUACCUGUGAACCCUGUUACAUACCCAGAGGGAAAAAGACGAAAAUAAAAAAAUAAAAAUGAAAUAAAGACACUACUAACAAGGAAACAAUCUUUAACAAAGAGAACUUCGCUGACUCUUUAAUCAAAGAGUACAAAACAGCUCGUAAAUAGGAAGAUAACUGCUUUAAAAGGCUCUGUACAAAGUGAAAGGGAGAAGAUGGAAAAAUGUUCUGCUUUAGUUCUCAGAUACAAGCCAGACUCGAUCCAGAGAGCCCCCAUUCAGAAUAAGAACUAUAUAAUCAAUACGUAGAAAGCUGAACGCAGAAUUUGGUUGGUUGAAUUGCAAAAAUUUAAUGUGAUUAGUAAAUUUU